UAUAUGUAUGUAAGGAAACUUAUACUACUCUGGAAGUAAUGAAAAGCUUUAUAUUAGUUGUAUCCAAAGCUGAAUGCGGAUGGAGAGAGUUUAGUUUUAGUUCAUCUUUUGAAGUUGACGGAGCUUAAUUAUUUUACUUAAGACAUAAUUUAAUAAUAAAAUAAUGCAGUCAAGGCUGCGGUUAUUGGCUCUUGCCCUUAUUCUGGGUCUUGUCAUCACCAAUGUAUCCUCAGCGGAAAGAAGAAGAAAACAUAGACGCCGUACAACGACAGAAGCUCCUUUUCAACCGGAAGUAAUGAACCUUCUUAAAGAAGAAGAUACUUCCAAGGAAAAGUUGGUCGCCCGGAUGGGCGACCAAGACUCGAACUCUGAAAGCGGGGAACAUGACAAUAGUCAUGAAUCCAAAGAUGGCGUCUUGAGAAUGGAUCCUUGUUUGGACAAACAUUGUGGUGCUGGACGAGUUUGUCGGGUUAAUGAUCUUGGAGCUGCCGAAUGUGUUUGCAUAGAAGUUUGCGAUGAAGAAAAAGAUCCCCGGCGUAAAGUUUGCACCAAUUACAACGAAACAUUUGGAAGCGACUGUGAAGUUUAUCAAGCACGUUGUUUCUGUGACUCUGGUGAUUCUCGUUGUCGUGGUCCAGAUUAUCAACACGUCCAUAUUGAAUACUACGGCGAGUGCCGUCAAAUGCCGAUGUGCAAAGAAGAAGACAUGAUGGACUUCCCUCGAAGAAUGCGCGACUGGCUCUUCAACAUAAUGCGCGACAUGGCGGAUCGUCAAGAGUUACCAACUUACUUUUUGAAAAUGCAGCGGGAAGCUGAGACAAACUUAACCUUGCGCUGGACCAAUGCCGCCAUUUGGAAGUGGUGUGAUCUUGAUGGCCAUCCUCAUGAUCGUGCCGUUUCACGGCACGAACUGUUCCCGAUUCGAGCGCCUCUCAUGGCACUGGAACAUUGUAUCGCUCCCUUUUUGGACGGAUGUGAUGAGAACAAUGAUCAUAAGAUUAAUUUGGUUGAGUGGGGAAAGUGUCUUCAGCUUGAUGAGGACGACUUAGAUGACAAGUGUGACGAGCUUGAAGAAGCUGGACAUUAAAAAUAUUUCUUAAUUUUUACCGUUUUUUUUUAAUAUAAUAUUAUUAAUUAUUUUAUUACUAAUUAAAGCUUAAAAUAUUGUAUUAUGCGUUUGUAAUUGUAAUCUUCGAUUGUAAUACAUGUAAACAAUAAAAAAUUGGUAAUUAACCAAAAAAAAAUUUU